AUGAAGGCCACAUUCAUCACAUCGUCGGUCCUCUUUGCAUGCCUGGCAUGCGCUCUCCCAGUUGCCCCCGCCGCUCAGAAUGAGGUCAGCGUGAGGUCAGCGGCCAAGGCAGAGGCCUGGGACUAUGGCACGGCUGAGAAGCGUGGCAGCAACUCGACAACAUUGCCCUCUCACUCCCAGCCCAACCAGGCUUGGGACUAUGGCAAGCGCGGCGACAAGGUCGACACUGAUGAGGCUUGGGACUAUGGAAAACGUGGCGAGCACAAGAAGGUGGACACGGACGAGGCAUGGGAUUAUGGAAAGCGUGGUGAACGUGGUGGUGACCAUGGCAAUCACAAGCCGGGUGGUGGUGAUGAGGGAUGGGACUAUGGCAAACGCAGCGACGACUCCAGUGUCAACACCGAUGAGGCAUGGGACUAUGGCAAGCGCAGCAGCGACUCGACAGUGGACACGGACGAAGCAUGGGACUAUGGCAAGCGCGAGAACCACCACAAGGUCAACACGGACGAGGGAUGGGACUACGGCAAGCGUUCUGACUCGACUGUCGACACCGAUGAGGCCUGGGACUACGGCAAGAAGCGAAGUGAUUCGUCCGCCGACUCUGGUGACGGCGACGAGGGCUGGGACUACGGCAAGAAGGCAUGA